AUGUCUGAAAGUACCCCACUGCUACCUAUCAACAAUGAACGCACCUCAAAGCCAACAUGGAAACGCUACCGUUUAGACGUGUAUAUCCCUAUGUUUCUGAUUGCAAGCUUUCUUUUUGCAGCCUUACUCACUUUUGCUCUCAGAGUCAGACCGCAAUUAGGCAACACAGUUGCUCAAGGUACUGAUUUUGAUUCAGAUGAAAUUAAGUUUUUGGGCCUGGAAGAUGAUGGAGGCAUACUUCUGGAAGUGAAAGGGACGAACUAUAACAAUUACAGUCGUAUUGAGGACCCUAUAAGUAGGGCUUACUUCAAAUUUGGGGGAUUUACAGUUCGGAAGCUCAACCUUGCUGUUGACGACUUGGAGAUGAUGGCCUUUGACGAGUCCAAGGGAGAUUAUAAGAAAAUGGGUACUGUGCAAAUUGCCCCAUUUGGAGUGAGGAUCACCGAUUCGACGCAGUCCGAUCUGACAUUAUUUGUUAAGGUGUAUCCCAAAGCCGAAGGCGUUCUGGGUGUGAUAAAAAGAAUUGUACUCUCAGGCGACUCAAAACUACGGCUUCAGGGGAACGCGAGCGUGAAAAUACUUGUUCUGAACGGGUACAUCCCGGUUUCCAAUCUUAUUAUACCUUUAGAUUUACUUAUAUGA